UUUCAGAACUAGCGGCCACGAGAAUACGCAGAACAUAUAAUUUUAGACGAUUUUAACUGGAAAAAUGACAUCAAUGGAGGAAAUGUUGCGCGAGGCGGCAAAUGAAGUGCUCCAAUCGAGAAUUCCGCCCGGUUACGUUUUAUACCCGAAUUACGAGCAAUAUUGGUCUCACGAGCACGGAAUGUUCUAUAAUCCGGACACUGAACAAUUUUACCGACCGGAAGACAAAACAGUCUAUCAGUUGAAUGCAGAAGGAUCAGAAUAUGUUCUCGUGGAACGGAGAAAGCCUACAUACUGGGCAAGCCGAAGCUACCGUAAGCGAGCCAUUGAUCUUCUUGGAUCUGCCGAAUUCAAAAAAUUCGAUCAAAAUGAAGUGAAUAUCUGUGAAAUUGCAUUCGGAAUGGUUGAUAAAGUGAUAAAAGGCGAAGAAAUGGAAAAAGAAAAAGAGUAUUUGAGAUCAAUUGCUAAUAAUAAAGUAGCACUGAUGCAACAUCGAAUUAAUAAAGUUUUCAAAGGAAAUCGCAGGAGGAAAAAUCCACAUAGACAAUACGUUGCAAAUGUGGACGAAUCAAGUGGCCACGUGGAAUACACAUUACAAGUCGACGACUAUUUCGAUUGGGAAGACGCAUAUGAGGAUAAUAGUGAUGAUGAAUUCAGUGAAAAAGAUGAGCAAGCUGUUCUGAUGCACCAAGAAGGAUUCGAUCAACCGCCAUGUAUGCGUGUAAUGGAUGCACUUCGACGUCUUCAUAUUAUUACAAUUUCCGGUGGAUAUCUGGGAUCUGAUAGAGAUUGUGAGAUUGUUGUAUCGAAUCAAUUGUUACCGGAAAGAUGUGCAGAGAUUGUAUAUUCGGAAGAAGCUCAGUGUUAUUCAAUUGAAAAAUUAGAAGACGCUUGUAUACUUCAAGUUAAUGGAAAUAAUGUUAAGACUUCCUCGCCCGUAGAUCUCUGUCAAGGCGAUUCGAUUCUUCUUUCCGGUGAACGAUUCGAUGUACACGUGCAUAACGGAUCCAAUACUUGCCCUGGAUGUGAGCCCGGCCUCCAACAAGGCGACGAUGACAUUGCACCGGUUACUACAGUACCCGCAAAGAAUAUUCGUGGAGAAGUUGCGAGACGAAAAAACCUGAAACAAAUGAUGAAGUCCUAUGGUAUUCGACCGGAUGAUGUGCUCAGCGAGCCGAUAAGGAAACGACCGGCCACUGGACCAUCAGAGAUGAAUAUUCAUAGAUCAGAAGCUCCGGGUUCCUCUUCUGAUAUGUAUGGAUCUUGUGCAGCAAAGCCAAUGCCAGAAGGUCAGCGAAAGUUUGAUCUUCCGUCCACGUCAGCGGCUGUAGCAGCAGCAGCAGCACCAAAACCCCUAGAUUCUGGAAAUGUUGGCUUCAAACUUCUGAAAUCAAUGGGUUGGAGUGAAGGUCAAGGACUCGGAAAAGAGAAACAAGGACACGUGGAACCAGUGGCAACUGAAGUGAAGAAUAAUCGGAAGGGAUUAGGAGCCAAUGAGAAGGAGCCACCGACGAAAAGUUACAAGGAUCAAGUGUUGGAAAAGACGAAACAGAGAUUUAAUGAGGUCCGGAAAUGUGAAAUUAUUCUGAAAAAUUUGUAAUAUUUGCUACCCGCUAAAAAGGGAACGAUAUCCACAGAUCGUGUUCUCCCGGAGAAGAAUUCCAGUUUUUUUUGCCGGAAUUCUUGAUUUUGGACCACUUUUGCUGAUUAUUUUCCUUCGAAUUAGUAUCUCUUAUUUUUAUUAUAAAGACGUAAAAAAGUCCCUUUUGAAAUCAACAAAAUGCUUUUUUAAAGCGAUUUUUCCACUAAUUUAAAAACGGAAAGCUACAUUCAAACUCCGAAAAAAAACCAGAAACUAUGACAUUUUUCAGAAACGCUGAACUCCCUCCUGUCUUCCAAACACAUCGAGACGUCAAUCAAUUGAUGAUUACAUUCUACUCCAGCUUCGAAGCACAACAAUUUCAUGUUCCUAAAUUAUUUAUGUCUUGUUCUCGUGUACUCCUGGAAAAAUCAAAUUCCAUCACCCAUAAUGAUAAAAAUGUUCAAAGAAA